GAGGGAAAUGGAAGAGCUCCCGCGACUUGCAGCGGCCAAGUGUCCCCGCAUGGCGCCACUGGCACUGCCGCCUAACAUGAUAAGGGCAGCGGCUAUAGUCGGGGGGUGGCCAAACACUUAUCUACCACCAUAUCGACCAUUCCCAUCCUCAACAGUCAACAGUGGUCAAAAUGGAACCCAGCACAUUCCCACCCUCCGACCGCUCAUCAGCCACCCUCCAGCAGGGCCCCGCCUGGAAGCUCAUGCAACAAGUCAAGCGGCGGCCACGGUAUGACCCUGAAUCACACCCAGAUGGGCUCAUCAACCUCUCUGGCGCAAUCAAUAAUCUCAUGGCCGACUGGAUGAGCAAGCAUACCAGCCAUCUUCUGCACUUCACCAGCAGAGAGCUGUCUUACGGCCCGCUCGGCGGAUCAAACGACCUUCUGGAAGCCGCUGCUGGCUUUUUCAACCGGUUUUUUGAUCCAGCAGAGCCAGUGCUGGCAGACCAGCUCCUUGCGGCCAAUGGAGUCACCUCGCUUAUCAACAUGAUGGCGUGGGUGCUGUGUGAUAGUGGCGACGGCAUCCUCUAUACGACUCCCAAUUUCUACAUGCUCGAUUACGAUUUGGGUGUUCGCAAUGAUAUAGUGACACUCCCGGUGUCGACAACUUUGGUCGAAUGCCCAUUCGAGGCUUCUGGUCUCAUCCCUGUCCUCGAAUCUACCAUGCAGCGGCAUGCGAAUGUCACCUGUCGCAUGUUGUUCCUAUGCAAUCCGUCAAAUCCGCAGGGAGGAUGCUAUUCUACAGAAACCCUGGAGGCACUGGCCGCGUGGUGCGCGCAACGGAAGAUGCACAUUGUCGUUGAUGAGAUAUACGCCAUGUCAACAUUCCACGACAAAGCCAAGUCGGGAAGUACGCCCUUCUCAAGCAUUCUAAAGAUUCCCGCGCGGCAGAACGUACACUGCCUCUACGGCCUGAGCAAGGACUUUAACAUGGGUGGUGUGCGCGUGUCAUUCCUCGUCAGCAGGAACCCGCAGAUUCGUGCUGUGGUCUCCAAGUUGACGUGGUUUUCCUGGCUGACAGUCUUCUCAGACGUCUUCGUCUCGCGCUUCCUCAGCCAACUAGACCUGGUGCAAGACUACCUCAAUACGUACCUACCGAGGCUCGCAGAAGCUUACCACCGCACUGUAUCCGCAUUGGACGAGUACAACAUUCCAUUUGAACAGGCCAGCGGUGGCCUGUUCAUCUUCAUCGAUCUCCACGGGUGGAUCCAUCAUUUCGCGGAUAGUCAACCAGAGCCCGAGAUCCAGCUCUGCGAGUGGCUGAUUGAGCAUGGCGUUUUUCUAAAUGCGGGACAGUUUGCGGGCCACGACCGCCCUGGCUGUUUCCGGCUCGUGUUUACCCAGGACCCCGCGGCGACAGAGCUGGCUAUCCAGCAAAUUCGGUGGGCAAUUGACGAGCUGGAUAGAAAGGCUCGAGCCGUGAUCGCGGGAGUGGGCCAAGAGGGGUCGGCGCGCACCAGCAUUCCAAAUCGGGUAAUCGGGAGCGCAGGUGGCCCAGAGCAAUCGACCCAAAGACCCGGAGACGAGCCAGUUCCGGCGCAUCAAUAUUGGAGAUAGCAAUGGUAUUCUAUUUAGACAGACGGAAUAGAUUCUGCAGCUAGUUGAUCAAUGGACUGAUCCCUCAAAUGUGACCACAACCUUAAGUCAUCUAACCCCGUCUGCACUCAACGAAAGCACAGCAAUGACGGUCAAGGGCCCAGCCACCAUCAUGGAUCCAAACGAAGCCUACACUUACCACGGGCCUGCCACUCAGUACAGUUGCCACAUUCCUGUCCCGGCGCCCAGCCCGCACAAUAGAGACAGACAUGGCAGUCCCCAGCCCGAUAUCUCCUUGGGUAGCUGGAGCGCCAUACUGGCAUCACCACACCCUCACUUCGGCACAACGACAUACCAUACGCACGAAAUACUACAACAGCCCAUUCC